CCUCCCUCUCUCUCCCUCCCUGCCCCCACCCCCCGCUUCAGCCCCCCGCGGAUGUCGCUGUUGCUGCUGCCGCCGCUCAGUGCGCGCAGGGCGGGAGCCAGGAGGAGACAGGAGACCUAAGCGGCUGGGCACCAUUGAAUAAAAGCUCUGCAAGUCUGCAAUAAAAAUGGCCUCCAAUAAAACUACAUUGCACAAAAUGGGAAAGAAACAGAAUGGCAAAGGUAAAAAAGUUGAAGAGGCAGAGCCUGAAGAAUUUGUUGUGGAGAAAGUCCUGGACAGACGUGUUGUAAAUGGAAAGGUGGAAUACUACUUGAAGUGGAAAGGAUUUACAGAUGCUGACAACACAUGGGAACCUGAAGAAAACUUAGAUUGUCCAGAGCUAAUUGAAGCUUUUCUGAACUCUCAGAAAGCUGGUAAAGAAAAAACAGAUGGUGCCAAAAGAAAAUCUUUGUCAGAUAGCGAAUCUGAUGAUAGUAAAUCAAAGAAAAAGCGUGAUUCUGUUGAUAAACCAAGAGGGUUUGCAAGGGGUCUUGAUCCUGAGCGGAUAAUUGGGGCUACGGAUAGCAGUGGAGAGCUUAUGUUCCUCAUGAAAUGGAAAGACUCUGAUGAGGCAGAUCUGGUGCUGGCCAAAGAAGCUAAUGUGAAGUGUCCUCAGAUCGUAAUCGCUUUUUAUGAAGAACGGCUAACUUGGCAUUCAUGCCCAGAAGAUGAAGCACAAUAAUUGUUUGCAUUGCUUUUUUUAUAUAUAAGAAUAUUAAAACCUGAAAUUUGAUUUAUUAGCAAUGUGAGAAGCAUACAUUCUAACAAGUUUCAAAUUUGAUAUUUUUUUGAAGUAGUAUGUUUUGCAUCAACAGCAAGUAAAUAAAAGCUUUCUGCAACUUGUUUCAUUUACCACAAGAGAGCAUUUGAUACUACUACUUCCUCCAUAUUAGGUAAAAGCUUUUAUAAAACAUUGAUGAACUUCCUUAGUUAUUACAGAAUCAUAAUGAAUGUCUAAACAAACUCACAGAUGUUUUGUAGUCUUCUAUACUAUUGAUGUGCAUGUAUCUUCUUUACCCAAACCUAGCCCUUUAAACCUGUAAGGUCAUUCUUUCUAGUAUUUGGGAUCACUUGGUCUUAAGAUGACCAGGUGAAAACUAACUUUGUAGUAAUUUGAAUGUUAUCAGACUGUAUAUUGUUUACUUUAUUGUAAAUACUGGUGAGCAGUGGUCAAUAAAAUAGUUUUAUAUUCUUCCUUUA